GUUACGCUGCUGCUGAUGCCCAGAACCCGAGCAGAGACCUGCGGGGAGGGGGAGUAUUUGCAUAAGGACCGCUGCUGCCUGUCUUGUCCGGCAGGUACUUCUGUCGCUCAGCACUGCACUGUCCCGCAUUCAAGAGGAACGUGUGUCCCUUGCAAGGAAGGAGAGACUUACGCUGCCCAUGAGAACGGCUUGGAAGAAUGCUUGUUGUGCAGGCAGUGCAAAGAUGAUCAGAUAACUCUGAGACCCUGUACUCUGGUGCAUGAUACUGAAUGUCAAUGCAAACAAGGGUAUUUCUGCCCUGCUGAGGGCUGUGAAAUUUGUCAGAGAUGCAGUACAAUGUGUCCAGAGGGGAAAGAAAUUGUGCAGAAUUGCAAUGCUACUAUGGACCUAGGAUGUGGCUUACCUGAUCAAGGUCUGAUACAUAAAUACCACUCACCUUGCACAGCUGUCAACGUGAUUAUUGGUAUUGUUGGGAUUGCUUUGGUUGUUGCUGCUGUGUUGCUAUUCCUUGUAAUUAGAAAGCUGAAGAGUGGUAAAGCUGCUUCAACUGAUAAAGAUGCAGAAAAAGGCCUGGAGUCUGAGGACAGUACUGAAAGCCUCAUUUUACCAGAAGUGGAGACACCUGCAAAUAACACAGCCAGCCCAGAGAGUGAGAACCCUGGUGAGAGCCCGGAGGACCAAGUGCAAACCACCCUUAGCUUGGAAGUAGCAAACACAUCACCAGAGGAAAACAGUGUUGCACGUUCCAAGCUGAGUGCCGUCCUGCACAGAGGCUGGAAGUGCCCUGUGGAAAGACUGUGGAGGAAGGUGCCUGGGUCUUCACUACCAGCAAAAACUGGGCAGAAUUCUGCUUUUCACCAGAAUAUGCGAAGUGGUAGAAUGCCAAAAUUAAACUGUAAGGUACGAGAACCAAAGUUUCAAAUAAUUGUUAAAGAUCUCUCUCAAAAAGAACUCAGCGAUAGCUAUUGUGCCUUUAUAAAUAAAGUAUCACAGAAAAAAUGGAAGCAGCUUAUGAGAACUCAUCUGCAGGAAAAUGAUAUUGAUAAAAUUAUUUAUGACUUUCCUAAUGAUAUAGAAGAGCAAUCUUAUCAGAUGCUUCUCCUUUGGAAAAACACACUGGGAGGGAAACAAUCUAUUAUUAAGUUACUGGAUGAGUUAAGCUAUCUAGAUACCAAGGCUUAUCAUAAUGUAUUGAACACUUUAAAAAGUAAUAAUGUUAUACGUAUACU